CUCUCCCGACGUGCCAGGAAUUGACCUGCCUGGAAUGAUGACACCAGAAAUGUUUGCAGUUUGGCAGUCGGAGUAGGGGCAAGGAAGUAGAGCUUCAGUCAAGUACUCUGUCUGCCUCCUGCUACGCCCCCGUCGUCAAGUCACUUUUCGUUCCUGCUCGAGGCGCCAACUUUGUUUACUUCCAAAAGUAUGGCGGAAGGCGAUUCUCUCCACAGCGCAAGCAUCUCUCUCCAAUCCAAUGAUACACGAAAUCUUCUGGACAUUGUCGACAACCUCCGCUCACAUGGAAUCAGCCGUUACAUCGAUUUGCCGGAGAUCAUCGUAUGUGGCGAACAAUCAUCUGGCAAAAGCUCAGUUCUUGAAGCGGUCUCGGGAGUGAGGUUCCCGAGUAAAGACAACCUGUGUACCAGAUUCGCAACCGAAUUGAUUCUCCGGCGCGGCCCAGUUUUGCCCAUCAAAAUCCGCAUUGUUCCAGGUUCUCAAGAGGAACGCUCGGAGGCGGAAAAGGAAAAGCUGCUGAACUUCCAUGUCUCGGUCUCAGCAGAAGAUCUCCAACUCGGAGAUAUCAUCGAGUCAGCGAAAGAUGCCAUGGGAAUCAACGAUAGCACCAAGGUUUUCAGCUCAGAUAUCCUUCGAUUGGAGUUAUCAGGGCCCGAGCAACCGCAUCUUACCCUUGUUGACCUCCCUGGAUUGUUUCAAGCCGGCAGUCGUUCCCAAUCUGAUGCAGACAGUGAAACAGUCAAAUCUCUGGUUCUCUCCUACAUGAAAAGUCCACGAAGCAUCAUCCUCGCCGUUGUGUCUGCCAAGAAUGACUUCAACAACCAGUCAAUCACCAAAUACUCACGCGCGAUUGACCCAAAUGGCGUGCGGACCCUUGGGUUAAUUACCAAGCCAGACACGCUAGACGAAGGUUCCGAUAGCGAAAGAUUUUACAUCGAACUGGCGCAAAAUAAGGAUGUCAAGUUCCGGCUUGGAUGGCAUGUUCUUCGUAACAGGGAUUAUUCCACAAGAGACUCAUCUGCGCAAGAUCGUAAUAACGCUGAAGCCCAAUUCUUCGCUUCAGGGGUUUGGAGAUCCCUUCCGCCUGCCCAGACUGGGGUCCACAGUUUGAAGCCGAGACUUAGCAAGAUCCUCAAGGAUCACAUUCUAGCACAACUACCUGACGUUCUCACCCAAAUUCAAGAUGGAAUUCUAGACUGUACAAAGAGAUUGGACACAUUGGGUGCAUCCAGGGCUACUGUGCAAGAGCAACGGCGAUAUCUCUUGCAUGUCAGCCAUUCAUUCAGUACUCUCAUCAAGGCUGCGAUUGAUGGCCAAUACUCGGAUCCUUUCUUUGGAGAUGCCUCCAAUACUGAGGGCUACCAAAAGCGUCUGAGAGCUGUCCUUCAAAACACAUUGACGGAUUUUGCAGAGGUAAUGCGCAAGAAAGGUCACAGAUGUGCUAUCAUCGACGAAGGCUUCAAAACGCACGAUUCUCAGAUCACUCGCUCAGACUACAUUUCGAAGGUCAAAACACUUCUGGAACGGAGCAGAGGCCGGGAACUGCCCGGAACCUUCGACCCACUCAUUGUUGGACAACUGUUCCAUGAACAACGUGAACCAUGGACGAAACUGGUGAAUGAGCAUAUGAACAUAGUUGUUCGUGCAGUGUACUUUGUAGUGCGUACAGCAUUAACACAUGUGUCCGAUCAUUACACUCUCGAAGGUCUGUUGAGACAGUUUAUUUUCGUCAGAUUGGAGGACUUGACGAUAGAACUCAGAAACAAGGUGAAGGAACUUCUCCAACCCCAUGAUACCGGCCAUCCCAUCACGUACAAUCAUUAUCUUACCGAGAAUGUCCAGAAAGCGCAAGGAAAACGUCGAGCGCAUGAUAUUAAGAAGUCUCUAGAGGACUUCUUUGGCGCGGACUACACUACCGAUGGCUUUGUCAACAUCAAUAUCAACGUCAAUCAAUUAAUCGACACGCUUGCUGCCAAGACCGAGGCAGACAUGAACAACUACGCGAGCUCCACUGCUACGGAUUUCAUGGAGGCCUACUACAAGGUAGCUUUGAAGAAGAUCAUAGAUGACUUCAGCGUCCUCGCCGUUGAGACGUGCCUUGUUCAGAAACUCCCAACAUUGUUCUGUCCGGCCGAUAUAAUCGAUAUCGACGAUACAACAGUAUCCGCUUUGGCAUCCGAAGAUGAAGAGUCUUCGGCAGAGAGAGCACAGUGUGAUGAGAAGCUCAAAAUCUUGGAAGAUGGCUUGAGGGCAUUGCAAAGCGUCCAAGAAUACCCAUUGGCUCUUAAAGAGCCCGCUGUCCUCCAAAAUAUGAUAUCUGGAGGUACUGAACUAGAGGAAAAGCACCCCAAUGGAGUAUCUUCGACAGAUUGCAGUUCAAAAGACCUAAUAGCAGAAAGGACCGCAUCAUUACUAGAUGAAGCUCCGCCACCCGAAGCUGCUCCGCCACUUGAGGAUGAUGGUGCUUAUUUCGAAAUGGCCCCAGUGACUGAGAAUGAGUGGGACGCUCUCAUGCCCGCGAGCGUAAGCAAGAAGAAGAAGAAAAGGACACAAUGGUAGCUAAUCUCUGCUCGAAUCUUAGCACAUGGGAAUGCCACUACAAGUAGAACAAAUGUAAUGCAACAACUUUUAAGGUUCAAUAACAAUGAAUUGAAUAUAACUAUGGC